AUGGCCCGACAGACUCCCGGCCAGAUCGAGUGGCUUCUUCCGUCCCAGGAGUUCGGAGGCAUCCUGCCCAAGCCUAAAGCUUGGCCGGCAAACCCCGAGCUCGUCCCGAGAGAGUUUGUCGUCCCACAGAAUGUGGUGUCGACAGAGCCAUGCCGCGCCACAGACUCCAAAGCCGGCAUCCUGAAGCUCCCCAUGGAGCUCCUCGUCGAAGUCUUCCGCGCCGGGACAAACGAGGACGGCAUCUGUCUGGCCUUGACCUGCAAGGCACUUCUCUUCGCUUCGACGCUGGCCGUCAAGCACCGACCAACCCUGCCCGCGUCCAACCGGACGUCCCUUCGGCACUUCGAGACGGCAACCCGUUUCGAUGACCCCGCCCAUCGCUCGCGGAGGACAAUGAUUGACUUCCUCCUCCGCAUCCCACCCCUUGGGCCGGGACGAAGGGUGUCGCCAACGACCAGCUUGUGCCGGGACUGUCUUCGCUACCGGCCGACAGUCCCGAGCUGGUGGGCUGACAAGGGCAAGCCGUGUCCCGAAAAGUCGGCGACCAUGGCGAGAGCUUGGGAGGUUGUUGUCGAGCACUGGCGCUGCAGGCGGAUGCUUCAGUGCCCUGAGUGCUGGGCUUCAAGCCACCAGGCGGUUGCGGGUUUCGAGGCAUCCCCAGCUUGGCCUGCUGGUACGGGCGCUUUGGAGAGCCUCAUCUAUACGAGGCCUCUCUUUGGAUACGAUUAG